GCCAGCCCGCCGGCCCCGGAGCUGCGAGCCCCCCGCUGUCCGCGUCCCGACCCGCCAUGGCCUCCGCUCCGCCCCCCGCCGCCGCCGCCGCCCGCUUCUCCCCCGCCGACGUCCAGCGGCGCCUGGCGGCGGGCGCCUGCUGGGUUCGCUGCGGUGCGCGGCUCUACGACCUCUCCGACUUCGUGCGGCAGCACCCGGGGGGCGAACAGCUGCUGCGGGCGCGGGCCGGCCAGGACGUGCGCGCCGACCUCGACGGGCCCCCGCACCGCCACUCGGACAAUGCCCGCCGCUGGCUCGAGCAGUACUACGUGGGCGAGCUGCAAGGAGACCCCCAGGACUUCCCAGAGAACAAGGCUGUGGACCCCCUGGACACACAGGAGUCAGACCCGAUGCAGCCCAAGCUCAAAGCAAUGGACUGGGACAAGGACCUGGUAAACUGGCAGAAGCCCCUGGUCUGGCAGGUGGGUCACUUGGGAGAGAAGUACGAUGAGUGGGUCCAUCAGCCAGUGACAAGACCCAUCCGCCUCUUCUACUCAGAUUUUGCUGAGUCCCUCUCCAAGGCCGUGUGGUACAGUGUGCCCGCCAUCUGGCUGCCCAUAAUAAUGUACCUCAGCUGGUCCUACUACCAGACACUCGCCCAGGGAAACGUCCAGCUCUUCGCCUCCUUCACCGCAGAGUACGCAGUGGCCGUGCCCAAGGCAGUGUUCCCCGGCCUCCUGGUGCUGGGUGCACUGAGUUGGACGCUGAUGGAGUACCUCAUUCACCGCUUCCUCUUCCACAUGGAGCCCCCCAGUGGCAGCUACUACCUCAUCACACUGCACUUCAUCCUCCACGGCCAGCACCACAAGGCGCCUUUUGACCAGUCCCGCCUGGUCUUUCCGCCAGUGCCAGCCUCUUUUGGCAUUGCCUUUUUCUAUGUGUCCUUGCAACUCCUCCUGCCUGAAGCAGUGGGGGGCACCGUGUUUGCGGGAGGGCUCUUGGGCUACGUGAUCUACGACAUGAUCCAUUACUAUCUACACUUCGGCUCCCCGAACAAACAUUCUCGCCUCUACAACCUGAAGGCCCGACAUGUCAAGCACCAUUUUGCACAUCAGAAGUUAGGAUUCGGUAUCAGCAACGACUUUUGGGACAGCUUUUUCCACACCCAGAUCCCAGAAGAAUCCCAGGCCAAGACACAGUAACCACGUGCAGCCCCAAUGCUCUGCUCCCAGCCCUGCCCUGGCCAUGCCCCCUGCCCACCCUGCCCCAUCCAGACCUGGAAGCCAGGCAGGAUGGGCUUUAUGUGACCCUCGGGCCAGGCAGCAGACCCUGGGCACCGAGACAGGUGCAGAGUGGGGCACAUCCACUGGGUGCCUCUCAAAGACUUUUUCUUUAUCAAGAACACCAGGCUGCUCCGCCAGCAACACUGCCCGGAGCUAUGGCCCCCAGCCUUGCCCCAGGAGCCAGGCCCAAGGGGUAUGAAGGUGACUGACCUGCGGGGCCAAGCCUGUGCCCCCUGCACUCCACGGUGUUGGUGCUGCCAAUGUGCUCAGCAAAGACCAAGGCAUGCAAGGCAGAAGACCUCGUCCCCCCUUCCUGGGGAAGCGAUGGGUGCUGCAACCGCAGAGAGGAGGCAGAGGAAGCUUCUCACUGAAGAGAUCUGGCAUGAUGCCUCCCCCCUCGUAAUCCCCUCAUUUCCAGGAAAACACUUGUCUCCUGCCCCUUGAGAAUGCCAGCUUCGAUGCCAGCUUCCUCGCCCAGUACUCUCCCACCUGGCCCUUACCUGCUUUCCCAGAUGAGUCAAAAGCAUCAGCCUCCAGACUGCAGAGAUCCAGCCUCUUUCCUCUAGGGCCAGCCAGCUGCCAUAGUCAACUCUCCCUGGCCUCCAGAAUCACCAAGACACCAUUCUAGGGGUCCCCUGCACCCCACAUUGCCAGCUGUUCUCGGCAUCUCUGCCUAGAACAAUGAAACAUGCCAUUUGACUCUCAGGCCCGUUCCAGCCAGUGCCUCUUAGAGCCAAGGAAAUUCACGCAGUGCCUUACCCUCCCCACUUUGCUUUCCUGCCCCCCAACGCCAGCAGACCCUCAACUUUUCUUCCUUAUAACCAAAACCCUCCGUGCUCACAGGAGGGUCCUUAUUUAUAAACUUUAUCUACCCCUUGCGUCUCGUCUCAGACCCAAUAGCUGCUGGUGCUGCCUCUGUGUCAUGCUUAUGUUUAAAAAAAAAAAAAAAUUAUACUCUAUUUUCAUUCCCUGCUGACCCAUAAACCUCUACUUGAAACCUUAAAAACUCAGAGAGAGUAUAAUGGAGAAAGAGAAGCAGUUUGACUGAACCUGUGAUUUUACUGUCGACUGCAGUUAUUUAAAAGAUUUUGGGGUAAAUAUACAAACUACAGUUGUGAAAUAAAAGUGUAAAUAAAUUGUAUAUUUUGGAGAAAAAAAAUAAAAGAACCUUGAAAAAGA